GCUGGAUCCUCCUGGUCAAGAAUGAGUGACGAUGGAGGAUCUUAUGCACUACGACGAGGACCUGUUCCUGCUUCAGAUCAACAUCUUUGCCGCGAGCUCUUUCCAGCUACUUCCGAAGAGAGAGGCUGCGAGCCCGUCAUGCAGCGUAGCUGGGAUCCACGGGAAGCAAAAUGGG